AUGUCAUCUUUAUAUACAAAAAUCAUACCAAAUAUUAAUUCAAUUAUCCCAAGAGUGAAUGCAAGACGAUCUUUUCUAAUUCCUCCAAUACUAAGUGCUAUUCGACCACCCUUAAUUUCAUCAAGUUUGAUUAUUCAACAAAAAAGAACUGGAACAGCAAGACCAAAAUUAAAAAAACCGAAGGAAAAGCAAGGAAAAAGUUUGGGAUUUAAACGAAAGAAAACUAAGAAAGAGUCAUCAGAAGAGGGAGAAAUUAAAAGUGCAAGUAGUUCUGAACAGGGCAGUGAAGAGUUUUACAAAGCUGCUCCUGUUAUUAUUUUAAAUGAUAUGCUUCCGGACGUUUUCACUCAUGAAAAUGUUGGUAAAGUUUAUCAAAUUCCGGAAGAAGUUAUUCCAAAAUUUAAUGUAUUUAAAUUCCCAACAUCGUUAUCUAAAGAGUUUGCGUUAUUUCACCGCCCAUCAUUAGUCGUUCGUCAAUCUUCAGUGGAAUUAAUAAGUUUGCUUAAGGAUGCAUCCACGUCACCUAGUACAAAUAAUAGAUUUAUUUUAUCAGGAUCGUUAGGAGUUGGCAAAAGUGCGCUACUUGUGCAGGCUGUUAAUUAUGCAAUGUGUCAACCAUGGAUCGUGAUCUAUAUUCCACAUGCGAUCCAAUUUGUAAAUAGUACGUUUCCAUAUAUAAAGGUGGAAUCAACGAAUGAAUUUGUACAACCUACGUUGGCCGCAUCGAUUCUACAGCAGAUCAAACGUGUAAACGAACGUUAUCUGAGAAAUAUCAAACUUAGACGAAGUCACCAAAUACAUCGUCAUGCAAUCGAAGGAGACAAGACCGCGUCUCAAUUACUGGAUGUAGGAAUAAAUGAUCCUCAUUCCGCGCAAGACGUUUUUGAAAUAUUCCUGGAAGAAAUAGGAAAUAAUUCAGAAUAUCCAGUUUUGCUUGCAGUUGAUGAAGUCAACGCAUUUUAUGCCAAUUCUGAAUAUCGUGAUGUUGAUGAUUCUUUGUUAGAAGUCAAUAGACUAUCACUUCCUCGAACUAUCUUGGAAUACUUUUCUGGAAAGAAAGAUUUCACAUAUGGAGCAGCGAUAGGGGCUUUAUCGCAUAAUUUUAAACCAUUUAUUAGUAAAACAUUAGAAAUUGCACUUGGAUUAUCUGAAGCAUCAUCAUGGAAGCCGGUUUCGGACACAAUUUGGCAGUAUACAACCGGACUGCAAAGAUUCGACGUAAAGGAGUAUACAAAAGAUGAAGCGAAAGCCAUGAUGGAUUAUUAUUAUGAUACAGCAAUCAUGCAAC